GCACCCAGGCCGGUCUUCUAUUUACUCUCUGCGACUUGUCUUCUUUCCCUCUUCUUCUCUUCUUCUGCUGUUGAUUUAUCUUCUAUUGUCUUGUGUUUUGCUGUUUGUCUACAUAUUCGCUGGAUUAUAUCUGUAUCAGACAUACACACCCACCCUCUCCCGAUGACGACACAUACCCUCCCCCUCCAGCCCCAGAUCGCCCUCCAACACCACCAGCAGCAGCAGCAACAAAAACAACCCUCCCAGCGGCUGCGCACAUUCCCACCCGGCCCGAUCCCGGCUGCUCCGCCAGCGAUAGUGCGGAAGGACGAGCACGGCGUCGACUGGAUCUCGUUCCAGUACUCGAAAGACAGAGUCCGCACGGAGUACUGCAUCCGCUGCGACGUCGGCUCCGUCAACCUCAGCGAACUGUCUAAGCAGUUUCGCAAAACCAACUGUAUCUACCCGCGCGCGGACGUGCCGGAACCGCACUAUCGCGGAAAUCGCCACAAAUACGAGAAUGAGUGCAACAGGAUAGGAAUCGCACUCGCGUACCUGAACCCGUCGCUGAGGGGUAAGCGCGGGCUUAUCCAGCGUGCGGUAGACUCCUGGCGCAACUCGAAUUCAGAUCCGAAGCUGCGGUCGCGCAGAGUGCGCAGGCUGUCGAGACAGAAGAAGAAGCCGGAUGAAGGGCAACAGCAGCAGCAGCAACAAGAGAAUGGAAGGCAAGCAGUGGGAGGAGUUGGGGAAUUGAAAGCUAGCAGCAACGGGGGAUUGCCGUUCACGCAGGCUGGAGCGACGGGCACGAUCGACUGGAGACAGCCACUGGGCUUCGGCGACGAUGGAAAUACUACUAAUUCGAGCGAGUCGCCGUCGCCGGUGAUUAUCCAGCCAGCGCUGUUUUCUCGGACAGAUGUACUGAAUCCGCUCAACUUUCCGUGCUCGGUGAAUGCGAACCCGGUAGCAGACGAGGACACGAGAGUGACUGAGCCGUCAUUGGCUUCGGAGGAGACGGGAAGUGGGAGCAGUAGUUUGCUGAUAGGGAAAAGCAAGCCGUUGAAGUAUAUAACGGUUGAGACGGACCCUAGUGUGAAUCCGGAUAGCAAAGUGCGAGUGAGGGUUGCGAUUGAGAAUAUUAGUCUUGAGAAGAUUCCGGACAAGUAUCGGUUUGAUCAUGCGGUUUUUGUGUCGUCUGUUGUGUCUUCGCUUUCGCCUCAUUUUCAGCAGCAGCAGCGGCAGCAGCAGCAACAGAAGGAUGGAACGAUGCAGCAGCAUGAACAACAGCAGCAGCACGAACAACACGAACAGCAACAGCAACAGCAGCAACAACAGCAGCAACAACAUCAACAACAUCGACAACACCAACAACAACACAGACUAGAGCGCGCAAGGAUUGAAAAAGAAAUCAACGAGCUGGGGAUCAAGAUGGCAUGGCUGCAGCCGCGGCUGUUUGAAGGACGGAUGCAGUUCCUGCAGCGGUCACUGGACGUGUAUCGGAGUAAGUUAGUGGCCGUCGGAGGAGCGUCGAGCGAGCUGGCGUUACGACGGGGGAAGCAGCGAUGGCUGCAGAGCAAGCUGAGCACGAAGAUGGAUCCGCGGAUGUGAUAUAUACGACAUGAUAUGAUACGAUAUGAGAAGAUACAAUGGAUUGGAUAAAGAGCAAUGUGGACGCAGAAAAGGGUUUUGUUUACUUUUUAGGUAAAAUGAAAGAAAAGAGCGAGAACCGUAGAACGGGACCCAGAUCUGCUCGAGAUGCGGUGACGUAGUGCGUGUGUUGUUGUGGGUACAACUACACCUGCUUAAUAUAAUAGUGAUAGCACGUGUUUCAGUCCCCACAACACCGCACUGCAGAUCAGAGAGUUAUCGACAGAUACGCUAAGAAGAUGCCGCACGCCUCGAGCCACCUGCGCCC